AUUAAUAAUGAACCAAACCAACAAGAUCCGUGCGUUUAAGUUUAGUGGAAGAGUCAAAUAAUUGACAAGCAAAUGUAUAGUACAACAUUUAGUAGCACUGAGAGCUAUAAAAGAAAUAAAGCAGGGACGGCUAGAGAGAAUGACAAUGGGUAAUAUUUUAAUAGUUUGAUUACAGAGGUGAAGUUUAAGCAGAAACCUUCUUGAAGAGGGAAAGUGAGCUCUAUGGCUGUCUGGUGGAAGAGCAUUCCAGAAAGAGCAUACAAAGCUUCCAAGGGAACAUGCUUGGACUCUACUAGUCCAAGAGAAGAACCUAGAGAAAUUUGAGUAGAUCGGGUAGUUCUAAAAGCAAUGGCCCAGUAAUGCAUGUUUCAGGGAUUGGUGACAUUCAGGGAUGUGGAAAUAGAGUUCUCUCAGGAAGAAUGGAAGUAUCUGGAACCUGCCCAGAGGGACUUGUACAAGGAUGUGACUUUGGAGAACUUUGGUAACUUAGUCUCACUAGGACUUUCCAUUUCUAAGCCUGAUAUCAUCUCCUUAUUGGAGCGAGGGAAAGAACCCUGGAUGAUUGCAAAUGAUAUAACAGGACCAAGGUGCACAGACUUGGAGUCCAGGUGUGAGAAAUUUCCACAAAAAGAUAUUUUUGAAGUAGAGACAUUCAAUUGGGAGCUAAUGGAAAGCCUUAAAUGCUGUGGUUUUGAGAGCUCUAGUUUUAGAGAAGACUGGGAAUACAAACGCCAGUUUGAAAGACAACAAGUAAACCAGGAAUGCUAUUUCAAGCAAGUAAAAAUAACAUAUGAAAACAUACCCACUUUUGAACAUCAUGCAUCCCUCACUCUACAUCAGAGCAAUGAGACUGGAAAGAAACUGAUUGAAUGUAAUGAAUGUGGGAAAGCAUUUAGCCGUGGCUCACACCUUAUUCAACAUCAGAAAACUCAUUCUGGUGAAAAGCCCUUUGAAUGUAAGGAAUGUGGAAAGGCCUUUAGUCGAGCCUCACACCUUGUUCAGCAUCAAAGAAUCCAUACAGGUGAGAAACCUUAUGACUGUAAGGAAUGUGGGAAGGCCUUUGGUCGUACUUCAGAACUUAUUCUACAUCAGAGACUUCAUACUGGUGUCAAGCCCUAUGAAUGUAAACAAUGUGGAAAGACCUUUAGACAGCAUUCACAACUUAUUCUGCAUCAAAGAACCCAUACAGGUGAGAAACCUUAUGUAUGUAAAGACUGCGGGAAGGCUUUUAUUCGUGGCUCACAACUUACUGUUCAUCGGAGAAUUCAUACAGGUGCUAGACCCUAUCAGUGUAAAGAAUGUGGGAAGGCCUUUAGACAGCAUUCACAACUUACUGUACAUCAGAGAAUUCACACGGGGGAGAAACCCUAUGAAUGUAAGGAAUGUGGAAAGGGCUUUAUUCAUAGCUCAGAAGUUACUCGACAUCAAAGAAUUCAUUCUGAGGAGAAACCUUAUGAAUGUAAAGAAUGUGGAAAGGCCUUUAGACAGCAUGCACAGCUUACUCGACAUCAGAGAGUUCAUACUGGUGACAGACCCUAUGAGUGUAAGGACUGUGGGAAGGCCUUUAGUCGUAGUUCAUACCUUAUUCAACAUCAAAGAAUCCAUACAGGUGACAAGCCCUACAAAUGUAAGGAAUGUGGGAAAGCCUUUAUUCGUGUUUCACAACUGACGCAUCAUCAGCGAACCCAUACUUGUGAGAAACCCUAUCAAUGUAGGGAAUGUGGAAUGGCCUUUAUUCGCAGUUCACAACUUACUGAACAUCAGAGAAUUCAUCCUGGUAUCAAGCCUUACGAAUGUAGAGAAUGUGGACAAGCCUUUAUUCUUGGUGCACAUCUCAUUGAACACUACAGAACCCAUACUGGUUAGAAAGCUUUUAAUAUUAGGGAUGCAGGAAAGCCUUUAAUGGAGUUCACACCUGACUUAAUAUUAGAUAAUGCCUAAUGUAGUAUAAUAUCAGAAAACCUUCAUUUGUCACUUCCAUUGUGGAACAUCAGACAACUCAUACCAGAAGAAAAGUCAAUAAACAUGGGAAUUCUUUUUGCCUCAAAAUCACUGUUUACUAUAUAUCAGAGAACUUAUGGUGAAAAAAUAUUAAUAUGAAUGUAAAGUCCUUCUUACCAUUCAAAAUGUAUCAACCUUCUGAGAAUUCCUAAGAGAAAAUAACCCAAUUAAAAUAUUUUGUGAAUGUGCCUUUUGUCGUAGCAUAUACCUUACUUAGCAUUAUCUCAUUUCUACCAGUUACUGAUGGUAUAUCAUUGGGCAAAUUAUGCAAUCUCUCUGUUCCUCAGUGUACUUGUUUUUAAGCAAUGGUAAUUAUACCUACCUAAUAGAGUUUUUGUGAGGACUGUCCGAUAUUUUAAAUAAAGCCUGUGUUGAAUAAA